GCCACACGCAACCCUUUCUACCUACAUGUGGGCAGAGAUAUCCUGACAUCGCUGAAUAACCUGACGCGGGCAGAGUGUGGCUAUGCUACCGUCCACUCAGUGCUUGACAUGACACUUGAGGAUCGCAUGGAGUCCUUCUUCCUUUCGGAGACUUGCAAAUACUUGUACCUUCUCUUCGACAUAGACAACCCAGUGAACUUGAAGUCUCACCAGUACAUGUUCACAACCGAGGGCCACAUCUUGCCCCUGGGACCUUGGCUGCGUAAGAAGAGAUGGGAUGUUGACCUCUUCCAAAAUGCCGAAACUGUGAUACAAGUCAAUGCUUCUCAUGCUUCUUGUGCAGCAAUAGAUAAAGAAAGAAUUUAUGGCCUACCAUUAAGAAGUCACUAUCUGGAGCAGAUCUCAGGAACACUUGGAGUUGAAUUAUGAUAAAGGAUCAUUUUAGCAUUGGAAGGCAGCCACAAAAGCCUAAAGAUAAUAUAAUAUGGUUAGUUUAAUGCUGGAAGUAAACAGAGGCUUUUUGGAAAAUGAAUGCAGUGGAAGUAAAACUGUAUAAUCUUAUCCAGGUCUUUUCUGACUGUAUGCCUGUAAUCAAAAUGUUUAAGGGUUUUAUGCCAACUCUGUCUCUUAAGCUUCUUAUACAUGCAUUAGGGUUUGUGUGUUACAUUGGCAGAUUUUUCAUGGUUGUACAGCAUGACACUUUUCGUUUUUGAAGUUGAUUUUCAUAUCUUUCUUUUUUUUCUUUUCAAGUUGGGGACCUUUUCUAAAACUUUCACACAUUCACAUCUUCAGUAAAACUUUUGAAAUUUUGCAACAUGUUUCCUCUUUGUCAUGAUUAUGUUAUUACCGUUGGUUGUGGUUCGUGAAGUGUUUAACUCUGUCAUAAUUUUCACACCAUACACAGGCAAUAUUUCGCCAAGUGCCUAAAGUAAGUAGGUCAGUAAACUUAAGUAACAUUUAUUUUCCUACCUGGACAAGAGGAAGUCGGAUAGAGUAUCAUGAAAAUACAUUAAUCGCUCAUCAUUCCAGUAUCUUUUAAGAAACCGUUGUAGCCUUUUUUAUAUGCCAAUAAUAAUAUAUCAUAUGCAAACCUUAGAUGUAAUGAGAGAUGUUUAAAACAUUUCAGAAAGGAGAUAGAAAUUUGGUGUGAGUUGUGUGAGUAAACUAUGAGAUUAAACUUGUGUGUUUUUUAUGGAUGUAAAGUAAAACUACAUAUUUUAUCCUGUGUUCUUUUUUGGUUUUGUAGUAAGGUCUUGAAUAUAAGAAAUAUAGUCUGAAAAUGGUAAGAAUGAAAUAUAUUGUAAGAAAUUAUGGUUAUCAGGCGUCCAAAGUUACUUUUUCAUUUUAUUUCAUUCUUCCUUUUAUUGGCACCGUUAUUACGUGUAUCAAAGUCCACUUCCCUGUGCCUGUUUACAUUUACAUUUACCUUUUCAUUUGCCAUUAUUUUUUCUUUAUUACAAGUUCAUUCCAACAGAGUAAAGUCAACUGAUCCAGUCUGUUGACCUUUCAAAAGCAUGAAAGUGAUGCAACUGUCCGGGAAAUUCAUAUUAUUGCAUGCAGCCUUCUUGGUCAUAAUGUAAGCACCUAGAAACAGAUAUUUGUUUUAUAUCAUUCCAGGUAUUUUAAUAGCUAUCGAAUGAGAUGAGCUAAGAUUUUGUGUUUGCGAAGAUUUGUGAGUUCAAUUUUGAACAAAGGUAUAUAUGCAUAUGCCAACCUUUUAUUUCCAGUAAAUAGAUCAGUGAUGUGAAAGUGGUUAUAAAAGUUAGAAAAACUAUCA